CCAGCAACGCGGUUCCAAACCUGCCGGGGAAGAGCCCAAGGACGGAGCAUGCGCUCCGACGGCCCCUCGGCCUACGAAAGGAGCUGUGCGCAGGCGCGGGGCGAGACUGGCGGGAACGCAGGGGGCUCUUUCGACGUUGGUCCGAGGAAGUAGCAGGCGGUGUGGACGACGGUUGUCUGGCCGCCCGGGAGGGUUGGUCCUUCGAGGAGAGUCCAUCGUCAGAUAAGUCUACUAAAGUCAACACAAUAAUUAUGUUCAGCAUUGCUGGCGGUAUCCUGGUGGCCAUGCUUGUGCUGAUGGCUGUUGUCAUCUGUCUUUACUACAAAGUAGCCAACGCAUUGAAAUGUUCAAAGGCACCUCUUUGUUUGGCCUUAAAAAAUUCACCCCUGGACAAGGUCGCGGCCGCAGCCAUCACUGCUGGGUCUUAUCCCAACCUCCAAUGCUGUGACGAAUGUAGCUUGUAUGCCGACUUUGAUUCCCUGCCACCAUGCUUCUGUGACGUAAACGAGGGACUCUGACUUGGGUGGGCACAAAAAUCUUCAUGCGCAAUCUUUCUUUCUUAGUAGAAUGUUUUAUUAUUCAAGUCAAGUUUUAUAAUGUUUACAUUAUGUGUUAUGUAACAUAUUUAUGUACUUUUGAAUAAAUGCAAUAUUGAAAAUAAUUCUUUGCCUCUGGUGUUUGUUGUUGUUUGUUAUAAAUGCACUUAGGGACCCCUGGGUGGCUCAGUUGGUUAAGGUCCAACUUCAGCUCAGGUCAUGAUCUCACACUUCCUGAGUUUGAGCCCCCCAUCCAGCUCUGUGCUGACAGCUCAGAGCCUGGAGCCUGCUUCGGAUUCUGUGUCUUUCUCUCCCUCUGCCCUCCCCUGCUUGUGCUAUCUCUCAAAAGUAAAUAAACAUUAAAAAAAAGUAAUAAAUGCACUUAAAUUUGUGUACUAGCCACUUGGUGACUUGGGGCAACUAUCUUGUAGUAUUAUAUUGCAAUAUAAAGAGAGUUAUCUCCAAUGCCAGAAGAAAAAUAUAUAUUGAUCUUAGAGCGUUUCCAGUUUCCGACUCAGAAAUUCCCAGCUGGAGGAGCUCAUUUGGCUCUUCUCCUCCCGAGAGUUUCACCCACUCUCAUCUAGCUCCUCUCCUGCACAGUUCUGUCACACUGUCCUGAAGGAGGACACCUGUCAUCUUGGAGAGAGUGGGAACAAAGCGAUGGGACAUGUCUGGGUUUAAGUUAGCUUAUCUGUGUAAUGAUGGGGUGGAGCCCAAUGGCAUCUAAAAGACAUUUCAGAAAACCCGAGAUUCUCCCUCUGGCAUUCUCCAAGCAAAUCUUCAGAAGCAGAUUCCCUCCCUUCUGGAUCCCUUUAACAACGGAGUCUUGCUAAUUCAGCUGCCAGUGCCUGUAACUGCUGACCGGAACCCCCAGCUGAGUUGGAGAGGCCAGGAUUCUCUUGGUCUCAGCAGUAGGACAUACUCCUCUCCACUCCUGUUCAUCAGCUCCCCUCUGUUCCUGCUCUUUCCCCUGUCUGGACCCCUUUUUACUCACAGACUGUCCUUCUGAAACUACAUUUUGUACUUGUUAACAAAACCCUGGCUUUGUGAGCAGAGCACUCUCUCCAGAGGGCUUGGCUGAUGAGGCCAUUUCAGCACUCCAGUGGUGGAGAGAUUUGCCAGAAGGGAUGUGGGAGCUGAGGCUGCUCUCACAGAGCAGCCGUUUGGAAUGGCCACGAAAAUCCCUGCAGGCUCCAGGAUGAGUUUCAGGAGGCAAAUUCAAGGCUGCAUCUUCCCUGCAUCUUGCCCUGAGACUUCCCAUCUGGAAAUGACCUGUCCCUCUUGAGUUCCUGAAGCACUUUCUCUGCCUCUGUCUGGCGUCUCCUGUUCAGGCCUGGUGUUCGGUGUUCACUUGCACUUUGAUUUUCUCGUCGCUGGCAAGCUCCUGAGCCCAUCCCAUUUCCCUCUCAGCCUCACCCAACGGGCAGCACAGUGCGCAGAACCCUGGAGGCCCUGUGCAAGCAUGUUCUGUACAGGAAUUCCUUGGGAAUACAUCUGAAGUUCAGGCAUCUCAGGGUCCACGAAGGAGGCAGGAUGGGGCAAGGGCUCCUGGGACACCCGUCUGGUAGGCAGUAGGGACAGAGCGUACCCUGUGGGCUUCAGAGCUAGAUACACUUGGUUCAAAUCCAACUCUGCCUUU